CCCCCCCCUGCAUACGAUUCUUACGCAAAACGAUGACUGUUUGUGAUUUGCCAGAGAGUUGGCCCUCCCCGCCUUCUCUUUGUAGGUAACUUAUUACAAGAGUUUGCGGGCGGAGUCGGUUACCGUAAGAGAUAAAUUGUGUGCGGUACAAUAGGGAGAUCCGGGUACGACGCUGUCCUUUACUAUUCUGUACAGGGGACAGUUUGGGAAAUCUGGUUCCUAAGCACAUUAGAGCACCUUAAUUGAAAAGUGAAAUUAAAAAGCAAAAAAUAUGUCGGCAAAUAAAGAUGGAGACGGUGGAUGGAAGAGCUUUUUGUGGAAUUCGGAAAGGAAGGAAUUUCUAGGACGCACUGGUGGCAGUUGGUUUAAAAUCUUGUUGUUCUACCUGAUCUUCUAUGGAUGCUUGGCUGGGAUUUUCAUUGGUACCAUCCAGGCCCUGCUGCUAACCCUUAGUAACUACAAACCCACCUACCAGGACAGAGUCGCCCCACCAGGUCUAUCCCACACCCCACGCUCUGAGAAGUUUGAGAUCUCUUACAACGUCAACGAUGUGGAGACGUAUCUGAAAUACACCAAGAGCAUCAAGGACUUCCUGGAGAUGUACGAUGAGGAGAGGCAGACCGACCAGAACAAGUACGAAGACUGUGGAGCAUUACCUGAAUCGUACAGGGACCGUGGUGAGCUGGAGAGUGACCUUGGAGCGAGGAAGGCCUGCAGGUUCAAGCGGACCUGGCUGGGACCCUGUGCUGGUCUGGAUGGUCACGACGAAAACUUUGGCUUCAAGGAUGGGAAACCCUGUCUGAUCGCCAAGCUCAACAGGAUCAUCAACUUCCGACCAAGGCCUCCAACCAACAGUGCUUCCGUCCCUGAAGCCGGCCAGAGCAGAGUCCAGACCAACGUUAUCCCCAUCCACUGUCAGAACAAGAGAGAGGAGGAUGCUAGCAAGAUUGGUGAGAUCAAGUACUACGGCAUGGGCAUGGGGUUCCCCCUCCAGUACUACCCCUACUAUGGCAAGCUGCUGCACCCCAAUUACUUACAGCCUCUGGUGGCCAUCCAGUUUACCAACCUCACCUUCAACGAGGAGCUGCGUCUUGAGUGCAAAGUGUAUGGAGCGAACAUUGACUACAGCGAGAAAGAUCGCUACCAAGGACGAUUUGACGUUAAGUUCACCAUCACCAAUUUAUGACCUCAGCUAUGAAAAUAGCACUUUUUCUCUGCCCCUAUUUCAAAACAAGUUGAUUUAAGAGAAAUAAAGAAAAAUAGUUCAAUUAAAACAUGA